UAUCUAGUUUUGUUUUGUAUUCAAACCUUUCAAUUGGGUUUUACAGAGAAGCUGAAAACCUCAGAGACCUGUAGCUCCAGCCUCAGAGAGGGAGGGACUUCUGAGGAAACAGAAACUCAUCUUCACGAGUUCCUCUCAGCUCCUCUCUGCUCCUCUGACACAACAACCAGCUGCUGGGUUUCUGACAGGUCCACUGAUCCAGGACCUGGUUUGGGGGGGGCAUGGUUCUGCUGCUGCUGCUGCUGCUGCACUCAGGGUUCUGUGUUCUCCUCCCCUCUCCAGCCAACGUGUCCAUCUCCUCCUAUAACCUGCAGCACUUCCUGAGCUUCUGGCCCAGUCCGGGGACCCCCCAUGGGGCCCACUUCAUGGUCCAGAUCCUCAGCUCCAGGAGGACCAGGUGGACUUCUGUCUCUGACUGUGUUGACCUGAAACCUGGACAGACCUGCAAUCUUACCAGCGACUUCAUGGAUCCUUUGGACCACUACAGAGCCCGGGUCCGAGCCAUCAGCACCAACCAGACGUCCAAAUGGACCGUAUCGAGACAGUUCCAGCCCCUGUCAGACACUGUCCUUGGACCUCCUGAUCUGUCCCUGUCUGGAUGUGGAAGCUGUCUGGUCCUCCGGGUCAGACUUCCUACUGAUAAGCUGCUCUGGCACAAUACCCAGGUGACCAGCAUGUACUGGGAAGUCCUCAUCCAUGUGCACAGAACCAGAGAUGGUGCUGAGCUCAAGCUGAAGCUGCCCUACAAACAGGAGAGCGUCAUCCCGUACCUGGAGCCAGGUGUGGAGUACUGUGUGUCUGUCUCCAUCACGACGACCUUUAACCCCACCAGCAUCUUCAGUGAGCGUCGCUGCUCCUUCACCAGUCCUCCUCCAUCUGAAAUCUCACAGUUCCUGCUGCUGGGUUUGUGUGGGGUGUUCGGCCUGGUGGUGUUCCUCCUGUUGGGUCGGCUCAUCAGAAUUCAUGUAAGAAGGUUCAAACCAGCAACCUGCACUGCCUGAACAUCAGGUCUCAUACCUACAGCUGUGUGAUGAAGACUCCUCUGACUAGAGAUCCUUGACAGCACCUGAACUGGUUCUGCUGGAAACCGUGAUCACUGGCUGGCUGGAAGACCAGGAAGAAGUUGGGGAUGAAUGAUGUUUUAUUUCAUUAAUCUCUGGGUUUAUUUGCUCUGAUGUUGUCUCAGCAUGGACGUAAUUUUCACUUUAGAAGUGGGGGAGACACGGAGUGGGGUGGGGUCGGGGGUGGGGUGUGUGUGUGUGAAUCUUUACAGUAUGCUCUAAUGGGAAACAGGCUUCAACACAAACAGUUGUUUUCCGCUUGGUCCUAGAGCUCAACCAGUGUCAAUUUAAUAUAGCGUAAUAUUGUUUUUAGAUGGUAAAAAGUGCAGGGGUCAAAACUUGACUUUGGAAAAAGUGGGGGGGACAUGUCCCCCCCAAAAAAUUACGUCCAUGUGUCUCAGGUUCACCACUAGCUGCUUUCCUCUGUGACAAACAUUGUCUGAUAUUUUCUCUAAAAUAAACGUUUCCUUUACAACAAUAACAACAGGUGUCCCAGGCAGCAUCACAUUUAAUAUUUCCGCCCAGUUUGAGAGUGAAAACGAGAAACCUGAAUGUAAAUAGUUUUCACGAGGAAGAAACAAGCUGUUAGCGCCUCUCAAGAUAAAAAUCCAGGGGAGCUUCACAAGAACAAAAAUUACAACAAAGAAAUGUUAAAAACAACUAAAAGUAUAAAAACGGGAAAAGUAAAAUGUGAAGAAAGAGAAAAUGAAUGAGAAGGUAAGAUGGAUCCAGGUGGAUGAGGAGAAGGUGCUGAUGGGCCAUCAAAGAGUAGAAUUAACCCACGAUCAUGGGUCCGUUCUGUCAGAACCGGUGGUCUGGUGUCGGCAGCACACACUCCACUAACGCUGUGGUUGGUGGAUCCCUCCUUUGAUCUGCUUAGUUCAAAGUAACUCAUGAGGUGGAGAAGUAGAAGCCAGGCAGCAGUUUCUCUGGAGAAUUGAGGAGAUGCAGGACGAUCAGAGACGGGCAGGACAGGAAAAUGGGAAACUAAACUCAAGAAAACAAAAGUGCUUGACAAGGAAAAUGUUGGUAGAUUCAUCCCUCUGCGCGUUUUAACUUUAUAAAGCAAUAAUAUAUAAGUAUGUAAUAUCUAUGGCUCGCCCAGGGCCGUAUCAAUGCGUUUUAGGGGGCCAAAGCAAAACUCAUGUUUUUCAUCACAUUUAACUUGAAUAUUAUUUAAACUUUAAUUAUCCUAUAAGAAACAGUUUGUUGGAUUGUUUGGAAAAAUAAUCACAACACAACUUAGAAAUUACUUGGAAGGUUUUGUACUGUUUUAAAUACCUUUAGACUGGGAAAUGCUCUUUAAGUGCAUUCAAUAAUACCUUUUAGAAGUAGCUAUCAUGACAAACUAUAAAAAAUCCCUAAUUCUGAGGUCCCAAUGUGGGCAAGGAUGUGUAAAUCCUAAAACCAAAGGGUUGUUUAUUGAAAUGUAAAAACAAAUGGGUUCAUCUUUAAUAAAGACCUUAAAUGUUUACC